UUGGUCGAGUCGUUGCUGGUUUUGCGGAUUCUGCGCUGUCUGCUGAAGAACCGGGCGGGAUUUCCGCAAAACAUUCAGUAUGGCGAAGACCUACGACUAUUUGUUUAAACUGCUGUUAAUCGGGGACUCGGGUGUCGGGAAAACCUGUGUGUUGUUCAGAUUUUCAGAGGAUGCCUUUAAUUCGACUUUCAUUUCGACGAUAGGUAUCGAUUUCAAGAUCAGGACAAUAGAACUAGAUGGCAAGAAGAUCAAGUUACAGAUAUGGGACACAGCAGGACAGGAGCGAUUCAGAACAAUCACAACGGCGUAUUACAGAGGUGCAAUGGGUAUCAUGUUGGUUUAUGAUAUUACCAAUGAAAAAUCAUUCGACAACAUCAAGAACUGGAUCCGGAACAUUGAGGAGCAUGCAUCAGCAGAUGUAGAGAAAAUGAUUUUGGGGAACAAAUGUGACAUCAACGAGAAGAGGCAGGUGUCCAAAGACAGGGGUGAAAAACUGGCGUUAGAAUACGGCAUCAAGUUCAUGGAGACGAGUGCGAAGGCUAACAUCAACGUCGAAAACUCAUUCUUGACGCUCGCCAGAGACAUAAAAGCAAAGAUGGACACGAAAUUGGAGGCUAACAAUCCUCAGGGCGGCAAUCAUGGAGUGAAAAUUACCACUGAACAGCAGAAAAAGAGCAGCUUCUUUCGCUGUGUGCUACUGUGAAGACCAAGGCCUUACUGUCCACCAAUCAUGGGCUGGACAUGACUGGACUGUGCUCUCCCUCUUGGCACUCUUUUCUUUCUUUUAUCCUCUCUUUAUCGCUCUGCUUCCAGCCUUCGGGCAGCUGGAGUUCCUGCCUCCUCAAAUCUUCUUCCAAUGACAUGUUAGCGAUGAUGCCGUUUCCUUUCGCUUAUGACCCCGGGAAAAAACCGUGGUGGAAUUUCAUUGGCUCUCCGUUCAAGCUGAAGACCUUGAGGCGUCCCUUCACCACCUAAGGAAUAUCCCGUAACUCCAUCUUUGUUUUUAGUGCUCCGUUUUGAGUGCACAACUGCCAAAAUCCAUCCAUUCCCUUCAUGGCGUCCUGGAAGUAGUUGUGAUUCUUUUUCAGGGUCUAGCCGCAGUCAUUGAGACAAUUUGAGAGUUAUAUGGAACAUUUUGUAUCAUUCCCGUUUAUUUUCAAACCUCAUGCAUUCUUCGACAAUCACAUGACCUUUAUUGUAAGUAUAGGUAUAUAAUAACCCACUUGAAGUUGCUUAUCCCCAAUUUUCUUAUUUCAGUACCAGCUCUCUUGACUUCGAAGCUUUGCACCGCGUUCUAACUAGGCAUGAUUCGAAAGUUGUUGGCGGCAAGCAAAUUGUUCGCUCAAACCGAACGCUAAAUUGCUGCGUGGCUUGACACAAUCACAGCCAAUCAAAACACAUUUGAUUUUAAUGCCAGUAUGAUUUUGGACCAGUAAGAUUACACUGAGGGUGGGCUUACCUGGUGCAACAGCACAUAAAAAAUAACCAAAUGAUCAUCAAUGUCGCUCACAACAAUCGUGACUUUGUUUUUAAGUUUUAUCCAUUUUUUACAUUAACGCAUUUCAGUUGUAUAACAAAUUUGCGGCAACUGAAUUGAUUUUAACAAAGCAGUAAAACGUACGUUUUAUGAUUUAAAUUUUGCUCAAGUUAAUCCGGUUUGACGCAAGUUUGUUGUUCAAUCGAAAUGCGUACAUUUCAAAACUAGACUGAACUAUAUUUUUAUGAGCAAGCUUUUAUUGCUCGUCGCUUUAUUGCGUUGCACCUGGUUAGGACACGGUGUUGCGCAGUCCCCUUUCCAAAAGUCUUGCAUUGAAGAAAUCGUUCAGUCCAGAUUUCGCGGACAUAGCUAAUAACAUUUGCAAACCAAACUAUCGUUAUAAACUAGUUAUUCAUUCCGACAUGUUUACUGCCUCGAUACAACUAACCUCUGAAAUGAAGGUUUUGUUUUGCAUGCAUUUAUUUUUGUUUGUAAUGCACAAGACGCUAUUUCCAAAUAAGUUCACUCUUUUAUGCAGUAGCGCUAGCUUGAUUUAAUGUUUUAAUGUUCCUUUACAUAAAUCCAAAACUUGCUUUAUUAUGACCUGACGACUUCCAAACUUCCCACAUGGAAUGCACUCUUUGAUUUAAAAACACCUGGAUUUCGUUUAAUAGAGUAUAAUUGAAUUAAACUGGCAUGUUUGUGCCCUUUAUGGAUGUGGAAUUCCCUAGUUAGUAGUAUUAGCAAGUAUGCACAACCAAAAGCAACACCGGCCACCAAGAGAGGGCAUCCAUGUACCCUAGAAAGCAGAGCUAUACUUGAGAAAGCACCUCCCAUGCAGCAUGCACUUUAUCAGUAUCCUAUGUGUUGUGUGUAGUUUGUGCCAAGUGGUAGUUGUGCAUUGUAAGGACGGGCGUUUUUACAUGGUGACAUGGAGUAUGACCUGCCAAAUUAGUGUUUAAAAAGGUUUAUUUUAAUAUACCUAAUCCAAUAAAGAUUUCCCCCCUUACUUCACCUGCAGAAGGAAUAUUUCUAGAUCUCCUGACAGUAAGCCAAAGGUUCUAGUUUUAGGGAUGCCUUGGCUCCUAAUGAUGCAGUUUCGGAUAAAUGGUCUACUUUCAGUUGUGUUCUGUUAAGUUUGUAUUUCAGAUGUAAUUGACGGUGUUUUUAGGACCUGAAUUACAGUCAUGCUGUAUGUCUCUCUUAAAAUCGGUUGAAGCAAGUUGUUGUCGCCAACGCCAAUAGAUUUAGUCCAUAUGGUCAGGGACGGAUUAUGACCGGCAAAGCCCCCCGGGGGCCAGUUAUCUCCAAGGGCCCCCUCCUAUUGUUCUUGAUUUGAGGGGUUUGUUUUCACGCCAAAUGUUGUUGCGUAGGGGCGUUUUCAUUGUUGAUGGGUUGUCAAGCAGGAGGAUCGCCAAACUAGAUCAACCCCCCCCCCGGGCAGUCAAGGGCCCCCGGGCAGUCAAGGGCCCCCGGGCACUGGCCCCUCGGGCAGUCAAGGGCCCCCGGGCACUGGCCCCCCAAGCAGUCAAGGGCCCCUGGGCACUGGCUCCUGGGGCAGUCAAGGGCCCCUGGGCACUGGCCCCGGGCAGUCAAGGGUCCCUGGGCACUGGCCCCCCGGGCAGUCAAGGGUCCCUGGGCACUGGCCCCCCGGGCAGUCAAGGGCACCUGGGCAGUCAAGGGUCCCUGGGCACUGGCCCCCCGGGCAGUCAAGGGUCCCUGGGAACUGGCCCCCCCGGGCAGUCAAGGGCACCUGGGCAGUCAAGGGCACCUGGGCACUGGCCCCCCGGGCAGUCAAGGGUCCCUGGGCACUGGCCCCCCGGGCAGUCAAGGGUCCCUGGGCACUGGCCCCCCGGUCAGUCAAGGGCACCUGGGCAGUCAAGGGCCCCUGGGCACUGGCCCCAUUGUCUCAGUUGGUUAUCCAUCCCUGCAUAUGACUAGGCUUAUCUACUCUGAAAUAACUAAUCCACCAUAACUGAACAGGCAAAGUAGACGUGUUGUUCUUAUAACUAUUGCAAGAAAGGCCAUUUUAAGUGAGCUAUACUCAAAUGUAUUUUUGGUAGUCUGUCAUAUUUUAAAAUGACCCAGUUUGUGUAUCUGGGUUUGAGUGCAACAGCAAUCGGUCACGAAAUUUAAGUAGAUUUAUAUAAAAAUAAAUCAAUGGGCGUAAUUCUCUAUAUGCAAAAAUUUACCCCAGAAUAGAAGCACAGCGUUUAAUAUUUGUCCUUAGAGGCACGAAUACGAGCCACAAGUAGUUUGGCCGUUCUCUUGGCCUCCAAAUCUCUUGGAUUUAUGUUUAAGAAACCUUUUUGCAAUUGUAAAGUGAUAGUUCACCCGCUAAUGUUUAUUGUGUCAUCAUUUACUCACCCUCAUGUUGUUUCAAACCCAUGUUUGGGGCGGCUGUGGCUCAGGUGGUAGAGCGGGUCGGCCGCUAAUUGCAGGGUUGGCGGUUCGAUACCCGGCCCACAUGACUCCACAUGCAGAAUGGCAAGACACUGAACCUCAAGUUGCCCCCAAUGGCAGGCUAGCGCCUUACAUAGCAUCUCUGCCACCAUUGGAGUGUGAGUGUGAACGGGACACAGUGUAAAGCGCUUUGGUAACCGCUAAGGUUAAAAAAAGGCGCUGUAUACGUCCAGAACAUUUACCAUGUGACUUACUUUCUUCAGUGAAACGCACAAGAACUUUUCACUUUCAUAAUUUACAACCUUUUUAUACCAUAGAAGUGAAAGGUGACUGAGAUCGUUACUCUGCCUCAUAUCUCCUUUGUGUUCCACGGAAGAAAGAAAGCCAUAUGGGUUUGGAACAUCACAAGGUCUAGUAAACGAUGACAGAAUCGUCAUUUUUGGGUGUACUAUGCCUUUAAAUGCUAACCAACUUAAAAUGACCGUUUCCACUUGCGUUCAAUUACUUCCUGAGAUGAUCGUUGGGUUCAUAGGUCAUAUUUGGGAGUUGGGAGUGUGUCUUGAAAAGUCGUUGCCCGGGUUCAUUCGCACCCAUUACGGCUCUCUCCUCCCCUUGUCCGAUCGUUUAUCCAAUUAGCCAUUUGUCUUAAUAAUUAAUACUUGAUCUUUCAUUCUCAGUCUAUGCAUCAUGAAGGUGAUGAUGUUUGCCUCCUGUAUGUUUUGUGUAUAUUUGCUCUAUAGAUGUUUCAUUCCUGCACAUCGAUGCAUCUUUACCCGCAGUGGGCAGCCCUUAAAGGGAGAGUUUUACGCCAGUGUGAACGAUUCCUUUAAUGUGUUUCAGCGUGAUGCAAUGCAAAAACACCCAUAGCAGAAAUCUGGUGAAACAACUUUUUUAUUGGGUUUGCAGACAAGCCGAAGAGGAGCACGUGUUUUAAUGUAGUGUUCAUAUGCGUAUGGAGGUCAGAGGUCAUUUUACUCUUUGUCUCUUUUCUUCCUGUACUUCCUGUUAUCCAUAUCAUUUAAAGAUUUAUAUUUGAUAUGACCAUUAUUAUGUAACUGGGUGUAUCGUUAAAUUACAUUUUGGUAUAAAAAAAAAUAAACAAUUGUAAAUAACAAAAAAAAAAAAAAAAGAGAGAGACCUACUUAAAUUGUACUGUACUUUUUAAAAACAUUGAAAAACUGAUCUACAGUUUGUGUAGAUAUCUGUACUUUUGAUGUAUUAAAAUGAGACUUUUAAGAGA